AUGUUCGACUUCCUGCGACGCUGCCGCGAGAUCGACAUGCCCGGGCCUUGCGGGCAGCCGGCGCCAGCCCCGACCGGUCCCGGGUGGAAGGACACGAGGAGCCAGUGUGCCGAUGUGUCUUGCCCUCAGGCCGCGGGUGGUGCUCGCAUCUGGGCCCACGACCCGCGCGAGGGGUGCGCCGACAUGUGCGGGGGCGCCGACAUGGGCGCGGGCCCGCAUGCGGACGGGCUCGUGCUGGCUGGCCGGGCCUGGUGGGUGUCCGCCGGCCCUCGCCGUCUCGCUGUCAUGGUCCUGCACCGGAUGGGGUGCUGCUCGGGCUUCUUCACUUCCUCGGACCUGAAGCACGUCCUCACCGCGCUCGGCCACGCCCCCGUCGCCGAGGCCAUCACGGCGCUGUUCCUGCGGGCGUUCAGGCACCCAGGCGAGUCAUACAUCGACUACGUCGCGCUUCUGGACUCGGCGCUGUUGCGGCAGCAGUGGCUGUUCGAGGAUCGGAGCUGUGGUGCCAUUUUCAGCGCGUCUGCCAGAGUUGCGGCCAGGACUGACGAGGCCGGCUCUGGCUUCCUGCCGCUGGAGGACCUCGACUCGUUCCUGCGCGACCCAGUGGUCGUGGGCCUCCUGAUGCAAGAGGUGCCGCAGGAUCAGCGCUGGCGUGGACCAGGGGAAGGUAUGUCAGAGGCUGCAGAGCAGCGUCCGCGAGCACUGCCAGCGGCAGGGCGUGGACCAGCUCGACUUCCGCAGCCUCCUCGCGAUCCUGCUGAGGCUUGUCUGCUCCUACACGUCAGAGAGCCAUCGGGACGACGUGGUGUGGCUCGGCGAGGUGGAGGCGCUGGCGACGGAGGUUAUGAAUAG